AUGGGCAAAGAAUGUAUGCAGAUAUUUAUGAAUUUAAAACUAACAGUUGAGGAGAGAAAAGAUAUCGAGAUAUGCAUCGGAGCACUUGAAGCACACUUCAAACCGAAACGAAACGUGGUAUACGAGCGAUAUAAGUUCAACUUAUGCUCUCAGAAUGCAGAAGAGUCCGUAGAUGACUAUGUUAAUCUCCUCAGAAAACUCGCCUCGUCGUGUCAGUUCGGGACACUGACAGAUGAAUUAAUUAGAGACAGACUCGUGCUGGGAAUUACGGACAGAUCGACAAAAUUACGACUUCUCAAAGAAGAUGGUCUCAACCUAAACAAGGCCGUGAACAUGUGCCGCUCAAGCGAAAUUGCGAACAUACAAUUGAAGUCAAUGUCAACGACAAAAGAAACAGAAGAAGUAAAUGCUGUACAAGAAAAAGGAAACCGCCAUAAGUAUCCGUCAUCCAAAUUCCGAUCGGCUAGCCCGCGAGUUGGUAGCGCUAGCAACAGAGAUAGCCAUGGCCAAGGCUAUAAGAAUUUCAAACAAAAAUGCUACCACUGCGGCAGAAAACAAGACCACAAACUUGAGAACUGUCCAGCGUUUGGACAAUCAUGCAAUGCCUGUGGAAAACAAAACCAUUUUGCAGCAGUGUGUCGGAGCACAGGAAACCCAAGAAACACAAGAGACGUGCGAGCCGUGAAACAGGAAGACAUACCCGUUGAUUCAUCCGAUUCAGAAGAAUCGAUAUUCACAAUCGAAGAUGUAUCAUCUGUACGAUCGCAAGGGAAACAAGUAUACGCGAAUAUGAAGUUCCAAGAUAUAGAGACAGAGUUUCGAAAGGACCUAGAGUGCCAACUCGACACUGGAGCGACAUGUAACGUCAUGAGCUACGACGACUUGUCACGAAUAACCCAGAUCGGAUACCCAAAACUACACAGCUCGACAGCAAAACUCCGUUUGUUUGAUGGUUCAAUGAUGAAACCUCUCGGUGUUGCUCAUCUAAAAGUCGAAAGAAACCAAGUCACCGAAAACUUAGUGUUCCAAGUAAUCGAGACCAAGAAUAGGCCCCUGCUGUCGGCAGAAACGUGCGAGAAAUUUGGGUUGAUCAAACUUAAUAUCGAGCCAGUCAACGUCGUCAAGGAAAGUUCACCACUUCUCAGACGUGAAGAAAUCCUAAGCAAAUAUAAAGACGUAUUCGAAGGUUUAGGACAUAUCGGAGACGCGAGUUUUUUUAUAGAUCCAGAGAGCACGCCAGUGCAACACGCGCCACGACGUGUCCCCGUAACACUUCACACAGAAGUUAAAGAGAAAUUGACUGAAUUAGAAAGGAAAGGUAUCGUUGUGAAAGAAACUGAUCCAACGGACUGGAUAAGUAGUAUGGUGGUCGUGGCGAAGCCAAACAAGAUCAGAAUAUGUCUAGAUCCCAAAGAUCUCAACAAAGCGCUGAAAAGACCGAAAUACCAGAUGCCAACCCCCGAAGAGAUGCUCCCAAAGUUAAGUAAAGCCAAGGUCUUCACCACUCUUGAUGCGAAGGACGGGUUUUACCAGAUAGCUCUAGACGAAGCAAGCAGCAAACAGACGACAUUCUGGACCCCGUUUGGCCGUUACCGGUACUUGCGUAUGCCAUUUGGUGUCAAUACCGCUCCAGAGGAGUUCGAGUGCAAGUUACAAGAGAAACUCUCGGAUCUACGCGGCGUGGAAGUCCUGAGAGAUGACAUGUUGGUGAUGGGUUACGGAGAUACACAAGAAGAGGCGGAGAGAAAUCAUGACGAAAAUCUCAAGGGAUUACUCGAUAGAGCACGCAAAGUUAACUUGAAGUUGAACAGCAAGAAAAUGAACUUACGGAGGACAGAAGUCAAGUUCAUGGGGCACCUUAUCAGCAGAGACGGUCUUAAACCUGAUCCAGAGAAGAUAGCAGCGGUACAACAUAUGCCGAAGCCCACAGGGAAACAAGAAAUGCUGAGCCUUCUUGGCUUUAUCAACUAUUUGGCCAAAUUCCUACCUAAGCUAGCCGAAAUUGCACAGCCUCUCAGGGACCUUACGUUAAAGGACGCCAGAUUUUUGUGGUCAUCCCAACAUGACAAAGCCUUUGCUGAAGUGAAGAACCUGGUGAGCAAACAUCCCGUACUGAAGUACUACGACGUAAGUGAAGAAGUUACGAUUCAGUGUGAUGCAAGUGAAAAAGGGCUUGGAGCAUCGCUUCUUCAGAAUGGCCAACCGGUGGCAUUUGCUUCGCGGACAUUGACACAGAUAGAAAGACGAUACGCACAGAUCGAGAAAGAGUGUCUAGCCAUUGUUUUCGGCUGCCAGAAGUUCUCUCAAUACAUAUCGAGAAGAGAUAAAAUCACGAUAGAGUCAGAUCACAAACCUCUUCAAUCCAUCUUCAAGAAGUCACUAUUGGAAGCACCCUGUCGGUUGCAGAGAAUGAUGCUGAG